GGGGCGUUUUCGCUUCUUCUGCUGUUUUCUGCAAGUAGGCUCGAAAUAGUUGCGAAAUCUGGAUAAAAAGCAGCAACAGCGUCCUUAAUUUGCACCGUCUGUGCACAGCGACGAGGAACAGGAACGAAGCAGCAACAGAGUGAACAACAGUUCAACAAGCUGAGAUUUAAAAGCAUGAAGGCAGCCAUCUCUGUGUUUAUAAUGCAUUAUGUCGCAGUUUCCAUACUGCUGGGGACGGGACUGAUGGUGAACAGCCAGACACAUUCCCUCUUUUACACCUACACGGCUCUCUCCAAACCUGUCGGACUCCCGGGCAUCCACCAGUUCACAGCCAUGGGUCACCUGGACGGCAGGAUGAUCGACUACUUUGACAGCGAGCACCAGCAGAAAGUUCCCAAACAGGACUGGAUGAAAGAGAGACUGGCUGCAGAUUACUGGGAGAAAGGAACACAGUCCCGCCUGAGCAAACAGCAGUGGUUCAACGUCAACAUCGACAUCCUGAAGACACGAAUGGGACAAAAUGAUUCAGACGUCCAUGUUCUUCAGUGGAUGCACGGCUGUGAGGGCGACACGCAGCCUGACGGCACGAUUAGGUUCCGCCGCGGCAUAGACAAGUACGCCUACGAUGGAAACGACUUCCUGUCCUUUGACGACGUCAACCAAGUCUGGGUCGCCCCAAUUGAAGCGGCCGUCCCGACCAAGAGGAAGUGGGAUGGGGUCCAGGUCCUUAAAGAAUACACCAAAGGCUACCUGGAGAACGAGUGCAUGGAGUGGUUGAAGAAGUUCGUGGACUAUGGGCGAAUGCAGCUUCAAAACGCCCCUCCACCUGAGGUGUUCAUGUUUACAAAGAACACCGCAGUUGAGACAAAGGUCAUGUUGACGUGCCUGGCCACAGGUUUCUACCCGAAAGACGUCAUCCUGAACAUCAAAAGGAACGGCCGCAUUCUUACUGAAGAGGACGGAGUGGUUACCUUUGGCGUUCGACCAAAUGACGACGACACCUUCCAGAGAAGAGACAGUGUGGAGAUUUUAAAGAGCGACACGUCUACAUACAAUUACACCUGUGAAGUGAAUCACGCUGCAUCCGGGCUACAUGUUGAGAAGGAAUGGGAUGGUGACUCUUCCAAUGACCCAGACGACCAAAACCCAAGUACUGUCGGCGCUCUCACCGCUCUCGCCAAAGCUGCUCUCAUCAAAGCCGCCGCCGUUCUCACCAAAGCCGCCGCCGCUCUUGAGUAGGUGGAGGGCUGCAGUAGGAUGUUCCUGCAAAUAACAUAAUUUCCAUCAGCGUACAUGAAACCUAACUCUGCUCUUUAAAACCAAAUAGGCCGAUGAAACGAAUGUUUUUAUCACAGCGCAGGCAAUAGAAACCAGAGAGGGAAAAUUAGAGGGAAAAAAAAUAAUUGACAAAGAAUAUUGUGUAUUUAAGAAUUUAAAUGAGCUACAGAUGUCUCCACUGUUUCACACUCAAGGACAGUCUCCUGUUACAGCUGUGAACUAUGGAAUAAGGCAGGCUGCUUUAUAUUUUUAACCAUGCUAACGGCACAGCUCUAUGGUUGGCAGUCCACCAAUUUAGAUUUAAAUAUCUCAGCAACUAGCCUAUUAGACUGAUUCUCACGAAUCUGGUACAGAUAUCCAGAGUGCCUAAAUUAUGACUCUUAAUAACUCUGGCAACAUUUCCUCUAAUGCCACCACUAGGUCAAACUUUUCACUAAUCCAGUGAAAUAUAAUCUACUAGAUCGAUUGGCACAAAAUGUUGAACAGACGGUUCAUGUUCCCCUCAGGAUGUGGUGUAAUAACUUUUACUUUGACUUUUACCUGCAAAACGAGUGACAUUCCCACCAGCCUCAGCUGUACUUGGUGUUUACUGCUAAUUAGUAAAUGUUGGUGUGCUCACAAGCUAAACUAAGAUGGUGAACAUGGUUUAAACAAAUCUUGUUGUUUUGAUUUGACUCACAUGUGAGACAAAAGAUUUGACACACUCUUCCUUUGCAAAACCAGCGGACCACCCAAUGAGAUCAGAAAACAUUCUUCUUCAGUGCCUCUUUAAACUCCUCGGCCUUAUUUGACUUUAUUUUAUCCCUUCUAUUUUAUUCUAUUUUACUAAUUUUAUAUUUAUCUUAAACGUGUAUUUUAGUCUUUUCAAUGUUUUCUUGCUUUUAUCUUGUAUUGUUUUUGUAUUAUUGUCUCUUGGGUAUUAUUGUCUUUACACUUGUUAAAGCACUUUGUAACUUGUUUUUGAAAAGUGCUCUACAAAUAAAGAUUAUUAUUAUUAUUAUUAUUAUUAUUAUAUACAAUCCGGUUCACAAAGACCCACGUGCACCAACCACAGUAGUUUUCUAUGAUAAAGCUGUUUUCAAUGCGGCAAAAUCAGUAUUUUUUGGAGUAUGAAGUAUUUUCUCUUAUGCUUGUUUAACUUUGUCUGUUCGUGUUGAGCAAUACUUUUCAAAGUUGUCAGUAUUUUGUGCACUUUCUUUGAUAAUCAAGCAAGUAGACUCAUGAUACAAUUUGUUAUCACAGUGUUGUCCACAAUAAUCGCAAUAUGACUUUUCCUCCAAAUCGCCUUAAAUCCGAUAUAAAUGUAAAGGAUUCUGAUGAUGUUUUUACAGAUUAUGUUUCUUACUGGUUACCAGUGCUUGUUCCUGCACCCUAUGGACUUUCAUGCACUUAUUUUCAUAUUCAAUAUGCAUCUAUGUAUUCUUUGCUGUCUUACACAGAUUUUGUAUUUUUGCAUGCUUUUUUUAAAUAGCUACUUUUUGGGUACUUGAACCUUAAAGAUCAAUAUUUUUAUAAUUCAGCUGCUUUUACUCAAAAUGUAUUAAAAUUGCAGUACUGAUGAUUAA